AUGUUAGACGAGUUUUAUAAAAAAAGAGCAAUCAAAAAAGAAGCUGUUCAUGGUAUUGACUCGGAAAUUUAUGCAAUUCAAAAGGCAAGGAAAUUAAACUGGGAUACUUGUAAAGCAAGUCAGUCAUUUAUCAAGACAUUUAAAAAAGAAAAUCGAAUCUCAUCAAGAAGAUACAACAAACUUAUAACACGAACCAGCUCAAGUAGAAAAGUUAGCAGUUUAGAAGAUGCUCAAAACUGCGUCGAAAGUAAAAGACCUUUAAUUUCAAUUUAUUCUUCUCGUGAAAUUUUAAAUAGCGAUCAUUGUUCGUUUCAUCAAGAACAUGUUCCACCAAGAACUCUGUCUUAUACCGGCGAAAGAACAACAGAAGUUGCUGUUAAAAAGAAGAACAAUACAACACAUUCUUAUACAGUACAGCCUGUUACAUCAGCUGAUGGUCGGUUAUUAGACAAGUUCUUACUUAUCCUUCAAGAAAAAGAUGAUCAAUUCGGUAAAAGAGUGCAAAAAGAUUUAGUUGUAUCACCAAACGUUGUAAUACAAGCUUCAAAAUCUGGAAGAAGCAGCGAUGAAAAACAUCGUACUUUUUUAAAUGAAGUCGUACGGCCUUUGGUUAGUAAAAAAUUUCUUCUUUUACUUGAUUCUUGGAAAACUCAAGCUAAUCUAAAAAAAUUUAGAGCAGUAUUUCCAAAUCAAGAUAGUCAAUUACUGAUUUUUCCUGAAGAAUCAACUGGUCAUAUUCAAACGCAAGAUUUAUCUUUAUUCCGUUCAUGGCGAUUUAUCCAUAAGGAAAUCGAGCAUUACACUCAUAUCAAUCGUACAGAAAUUACUAUAACUGAUCGCCAAUGUUACAUUAAUAUACAGUCCGUUAUUCAUAAUCAAUUAUCAGCUUCACAAUUCGAAAACCUUAUCAAGUCUGGGCUCAUACGAGCUCGAAUAAUCAACGAAACAAGUGAAGAACCUGAGAAACCAAAAGAUAGUGAAAAUUCAGCAUCCGUGCUCGAUCAUCGAACGGUGAUUCUUAAUUUAACAGCUACUAAUCUAUAUAAUUCAACUAAAUUUGUCGAAGAAUACUCUGCAAAAUCAGCUUAUGCUAUGAAAGAUUUAUCUCCACAAGAAUGGAAUAACUUCGUAUUACGAUUGGAAAAUGAUAUUGAUGGUGAAACAAUGGGAUUAGUGUAUCAAUUCUUUAUGAAAUCAUCUACAUCGGGCAAUUCUUGUGAUCGAAUGUGUCGACUGAAAUUAAUUAAUUGCAAUCUUAAAACAGCCAGAGCACAAGAUCCAACUUUUUGUUCCGAAUCUUUUGACAUAGUCUGA